UUGUUGAACUCUUUAUUGAUAAGUUGCUCGAAACUGGACAAAACAAAAAAGUACGAAUGACCAUUUAUUAAACAAGUAAAAUAUAAUAUUUCUUCUUGCAUUUGAUCGUUAUUUAAAAUUUUAACUAUUACAUAUAAAUACAUAUAAAUUAAUUAAGCAAACUCAUAAUGUCAUCAAAUAGUAGACCGGAAGAUCAUCGUCGAAAAUGGGACCGAGACGAAUACGAAAAAUUGGCCAGGAAGCGAUUGAUGGACGAUCUCGACGACGAUCGUUCCAAGGACUUAUCACCAAUCAAAAGAGAAAUGCUCAAGCAACGAGAUUAUCGUGUAGACUUAGACUCAAAACUUGGAAAAAGUGUUGUAAUUACUAAAGCCACUCCUUCUUCACAAAGUGGAGGUUAUUACUGUAAUGUUUGCGAUUGUGUGGUUAAAGAUUCAAUUAAUUUUUUGGAUCAUAUAAAUGGAAAAAAACAUCAAAGAAAUUUAGGAAUGUCCAUGAAAAUCGAGAGAUCAUCACUGGAUCAAGUAAAAAAACGAUUUGAAUCAAAUAAAAAAAAAAUGGAAGAAAAGAAAAAAGAUUAUGAUUUAGAGCAGCGUUUACGAGAAUUGAAAGAAGAAGAAGAAAAGUUAAAAGAAUAUAGAAAAGAAAAAAAGAAGGAGAAGAAACGAAAACAUGACGAAUUAGAUGAAGAACCUCAAAAUGAUGAUAUGGCAGCAUUAAUGGGAUUUUCUGGUUUUGGGUCAUCAAAAAAAUAACACACAUGCUAUACAGUGAAUCCCUGCUUAUCUGUAAAAAAAAAUAAUAAUAAUACUAAUCGUAAAUGAUUAUUUUCUUGAAAUAUAAAUGUAUAUACAAUUAUUUAUAUCAUAACAUAUUAUAUAAAAUAAAAUAUAGUUGACAGUAAACAUAUAUGGUAUGUAUCAAUAGUAAGAAAAACAAUUUUAACUUAUUAUCAUUAUUGUAUAUAUUUUGAUAUUUUAUUAAAAAUUAAAUUAAAUUUAUUCAA